CAAGCGUCCUCCCCACGCCUGUGCCUGUCUUGCCGCAGGAGGUGGGAUGGAGAGGUGCUUAGGGGCCCGCCUCCGCAGCUGCCUGGCCCUGCUCUCCCUCCUCCCUUCCCUGAGCCUGGCCCAGUAUGAUAUCUGGGCCCAGUACCAUGAGUACCUCCAGCAGCCCCAGCCCGAAUAUCAGCGGCCCCAGGCUCCGGCAGACACAGUUAAGAUCCAGCUGCGCCUGGCUGGCCAGAAGCGGAAGCACAGCGAGGGCCGGGUGGAGGUGUACUACAACGGGCAGUGGGGCACCGUGUGCGACGAUGACUUCUCCAUCCACGCCGCCCAUGUGGUGUGCCGAGAGCUGGGUUAUGUGGAGGCCAAAUCCUGGACCGCCAGCUCCUCCUAUGGCAAGGGUGAAGGACCAAUCUGGUUGGACAAUGUCUACUGUACAGGCAGGGAAUCCACCCUCGCUGCCUGCUCCUCCAAUGGCUGGGGCGUCACUGACUGCAAGCACACAGAAGAUGUGGGUGUGGUGUGUAGUGACAAAAGGAUUCCCGGGUUCAAGUUUGACAAUUCCUUCAUCAAUCAGAUUGAGAGCCUGAACAUCCAGGUUGAUGACAUCCGGAUCCGAGCCAUUCUGUCCACUUACCGUCGGCGCACCCCGGUGACGGAGGGUUAUGUGGAGGUGAAGGAUGGCAAGUCCUGGAAGCAGAUCUGUGAUGAGCACUGGACGGCCAGGAACUCCCGUGUGGUCUGUGGCAUGUUUGGUUUCCCCGGAGAGAAGACAUACAACGCCAAAGUGUACAAAAUGUUUGCUGCCAAGAAGAAGCAGCGCUACUGGCCAUUUUCCAUGAACUGCACCGGCACUGAGGCCCACAUCUCCAGCUGCAAGCUGGGCCCCCAGGUGUCCCAGAACCCUGUGAAGAAUGUCACCUGCGAGAAUGGGCUGCCAGCAGUGGUGAGCUGCGUGCCGGGCCAGGUCUUUAGCCCAGAUGGACCCUCACGAUUCCGGAAAGCCUACAAGCCUGAGCAGGACCGUGUGUCUCCCCAGCAACCCCUGGUGCGCCUGAGAGGUGGGGCCAACAUCGGGGAGGGCCGUGUGGAGGUGCUCAAGAAUGGAGAGUGGGGAACCAUCUGUGACGACAAGUGGGACCUGGUGUCUGCCAGCGUGGUCUGCAGGGAGCUGGGCUUUGGCAGCGCCAAAGAGGCUGUCACUGGCUCCCGGCUGGGGCAAGGGAUUGGACCCAUACAUCUGAAUGAAAUUGAGUGUACAGGGAGCGAGAAAUCCAUCACAGACUGCAAGUUCAAUGCUGAAUCUCAGGGCUGCAACCAUGAGGAAGAUGCUGGGGUGAGGUGUAACAUCCCUGCCAUGGGCUUCCAAAAAAAGAUGCGCCUGAACGGGGGUCGGAACCCCUAUGAGGGCCGGGUGGAGGUGCUGGCAGAGAGGAACGGGUCCCUCGUUUGGGGGACAGUGUGUGGUGAGAACUGGGGCAUCGUGGAGUCAAUGGUGGUUUGCCGGCAGCUGGGCCUGGGCUUUGCCAACAGAGCCUUCCAGGAAUUCUGGUAUUGGCACGGAAACACCGAUGCCAACAAAGUGAUAAUGAGCGGCGUCAAGUGCUCGGGUACAGAGCUGUCGCUGGGUCACUGCCGGCGUGACGAGGAUGUGACCUGCCCUGAUGGUGGGAUGCAGCUUGUGGCUGGAGUCGCCUGCUCAGAAACUGCCCCUGAUCUGGUCCUGAAUGCAGAGACGGUGCAGCAGACCACUUACCUGGAGGACCGGCCCAUGGUCCUACUGCAGUGUGCCAUGGAAGAGAACUGCCUGUCGGCCUCCGCUGUGCACACCGACCCUACCAGGGGCACCCGCCGACUUCUGCGCUUCUCCUCCCAGAUCCACAACAAUGGCCAGUCUGACUUCCGGCCCAAGAAUGGCCGCCAUGCGUGGAUCUGGCAUGACUGCCACAGGCACUACCACAGCAUGGAAGUGUUCACCCACUACGACCUGCUGAGCCUCAACGGGACCAAGGUGGCGGAGGGCCACAAAGCCAGCUUCUGUUUAGAAGACACGGAGUGUGAAGGAGACAUCCAAAAGAGUUAUGAGUGUGCCAACUUUGGCGAGCAGGGAAUCACUAUGGGCUGCUGGGACGUCUAUCGCCAUGACAUCGACUGCCAGUGGGUGGACAUCACCGACGUACCCCCUGGAGACUAUAUAUUUCAGGUUAUCAUUAACCCCAACUACGAGGUGGCAGAGUCUGACUACACCAACAAUAUCAUGAAGUGCAGGACCCGCUACGACGGCCACCGCAUCUGGAUGUACAACUGCCACAUUGGUGGUUCUUUCAGUGAAGAGACAGAGAGAAAGUUUGACCACUUCAGCGGACUCAUAAACAACCAGCUCUCCCCAUUGUAGACACCACUCCGGUCGCCUCCAGUCUUCGGGCCCCAAUGUCUCCCCAGCUUUGUCUGGUGACCCCAUGCAACCCU